UUACUCAAUUCCAACUUUUGUUACACAAAAAGAAAAAAAAAAUGAAGCUCAAAACUUGUAUUUUCCCUUUGUUUUUCGUUCUUCUUCUCAUCUCCUAUUCUGUAAUUGCUACUGAAACAUCCAAAGAUGAAAAGAAGGCUAAUGAAGUGAAAGAAACAAACAAAGAGGAGGAGCCAAAGGAGACGGACCAAGGCGGAGGCGGAGGCGGAGGCGGAGGCCGCUGUCGAAUUGGCUGCUGUGGUGGUUGGGGACGCUAUGGUUGUAGUAGGUGUUGUGCGUCGGCUAAUGAAGUGGAAGUAACAAACAGCGAGGAGCCAAAGGAGACGGACCAGGGCGGAGGCGGAGGUGGAGGCGGAGGCGGAGGCCGCUGUCGAUACGGCUGCUGCGGUGGUUAUGGCCACUAUGGUUGCCGGAGAUGUUGCACACCUCAAGAUGCUGUAGUUGCGGCAAAAGAUGAUAAUGCAGUGGCUGGUAACCGAGAUGACGGUUAUGGUUACGGCUACGGUGGACAAGGUGGUUACGGCUAUGGCUGGGGAGGCGGCGGCUAUGGAGGACGUGGCGGUGGCAGUUGGGGAGGACGUGGAGGCAGUGGCUGGGGAGGUGGCAGUUGGGGAGGCCGUGGUGGUGGCGGCGGCUGGGGAGGUGGCGGCUGCCGAUAUGGUUGCUGUGGACACAGUGGAUAUGGAGGCUGUAGGUGUUGUUACUCAGCUGCAGAAGCAAAAGCCUUUGAUGAAAAUGAAGUCCAGCCUUAAAGUUUACAAGACUAUGUUGGAAUAAAAGAAGAAGCAUCCAUGUAGUUAAUGUUAUAUAGUAUAUAGGAAAUAAAUAAAAUAAAUAUGAAAGUUUAUGUGUGAAUAACAUGGAUGCAUAUAUAUGGGAGUGUCAAUGUAUGUUUCUUUCACUACUUUUGCCUUAAUUAGGGUUAGAUCCCUAAUGGCAUUGUGAUUGAGAGCUCAAGUUUGCAGUGAUAUAGUCAAUUGAUGUUUUUUACUGUUGUGAAUGUGACUUAAUUUUGCUUGUUCA